CAGUCCAUGUCAGUGAACUGCUGAACGACUCAUCUGAUUAACUUUUGUUAACAAAAUGUAUUAAAAUAAUGCAGAUUUUGUUGUGCUUGUACAUUAUCGAAAUAAUUGAUUGAUGAACUGCUGACCGUGACAGCCAGUUAUAUUGACAAGUAAAUUGGAUUCUCGUCUCAAAAGCCUGAUCAAAGUUUCAGUGAGUUUGACUCUGGUUUGACAUUAAUUACAGUCGUCAUUCUCUACACAGCUGUGUGUCCAGAAUUGCUCAUGUGGGCACAUUUGUGAAUGUUAUAUUAUCUACGCCACAGAACAUGGACAUCGGAUGGAGGUUAUCUUGCACGGAGCUUAAAACGGUCACGGCUAGAAUGGAUCGAGCUUUUGUCAAAUUAACGUAAAAGUAGAUUUUUUGAAGUUUUUGUAGCAUUUUAGCUAACUACAUAUUUUCCAAACCUUUACCGUAUUCUCCUUAAUCUGACGUUAAUUUAACAGAAGAUGGAUCGCUUUUACAUGACCCUCUAAGUAAGACCUAGCGGAGCUCCCAUCGCCCGUCCAGUGUGCCCUGUCACAAGGGAGUCCUCCUCGCGGUGAUUGGGUAGAAGAUGGCGUUGGGCGAAUGGAAAUCCUAAUGACAGUUUCCAAAUUUGCCUCUUUUUGUACCAUGGGCGCCAAUGCCUCCGCUCUGGAGAAAGAGAUUGGCUCAGAGCAGUUCCCUGUCAACGAGCACUACUUCGGAUUGGUCAAUUUUGGGAACACGUGCUACUGUAACUCGGUGCUGCAGGCGCUGUACUUCUGCCGUCCGUUCCGGGAGAAGAUCUUGGCGUACCGCAGCCAGCCCCGACGCAAGGAGAACCUGCUGACCUGCCUGGCCGACCUGUUCCACAGUAUCGCCAACCAGAAGAGAAAGGUGGGAGUCAUACCACCCAAGAAGUUCAUCACGCGCCUACGCAAGGAGAAUGAGCUGUUUGACAACUACAUGCAACAGGAUGCCCAUGAGUUCCUGAACUACCUGCUCAACACCAUCGCUGACCUGCUGCAGGAGGAGAGGAAGCAGGACAAGACCAACGGCCGCCUGGCCAAUGGCUCGCUCGACUCCCAGAACAACAACAGCAACGCCCCGCCUCCCUCCACCUGGGUCCAUGAGAUCUUCCAGGGAACCCUCACCAACGAGACCCGCUGCCUCACCUGUGAAACGAUCAGCAGCAAAGAUGAAGACUUCCUGGACCUGUCAGUGGAUGUGGAACAGAACACCUCUAUCACACACUGUCUCAGGGGGUUUAGUAACACAGAGACUCUCUGCAGUGAGUAUAAGUACUACUGUGAAGAAUGUAGAAGUAAACAGGAGGCACACAAAAGGAUGCGUGUGAAGAAGCUGCCUAUGAUCCUGGCUCUACACCUGAAGAGGUUCAAGUACAUGGAGCAGCUGCAGCGCUACACCAAGCUGUCCUAUCGUGUUGUCUUCCCUCUGGAGCUCCGCCUCUUCAACACCUCAGGAGACGCAACCAAUCCCGAGAGGCUCUAUGACCUGGUUGCCGUCGUGGUGCAUUGUGGAAGUGGUCCAAACCGAGGACAUUACAUCGCCAUUGUGAAGAGUCACGACUUCUGGCUGCUGUUUGAUGAUGACAUUGUAGAGAAGAUAGACGCCCAGGCCAUAGAGGAGUUCUACGGCCUCACCUCUGAGAUCUCAAAGAACUCUGAGUCAGGCUACAUCCUAUUCUAUCAGUCAAGAGACUGACUGUCCCUGAAGAGGACAGUACCUCUCAGUGGGUUUGAGGAUCAUACUAGUGGACCAUACUAGUGUAAAUCGCUCUGUGGUGUCACACACCUACUGAAGCUCAGCCUCAGUCCCCCCUAUCCUCCCUCCUACCUUCCUUCCUCCCUCCCCCAUCCCACUCCUACCUACCUCCCUCUUCCUCCUACCUACCUACCUCCCUCUUCCUCCUACCUACCUACCUCCCUCUUCCUCCUACCUACCUCCCUCUUCCUCCUACCUCCCUCCCUCUUCCUCCUACCUACCUCCCUCUUCCCCCUACCUACCUCCCUCUUCCUCCUACCUACCUCCCUCUUCCUCCUACCUACCUCCCUCCUUCCCCCACCCUGUCACUUAGGCUGGAGAUGCUGUUACAGGGAGUUGUGUCAAAGGUUCAGCAGUUGGAAAGCUGUUUAAUGACUGUUGUACAGAGGUUGUGUGACUGAGGCGAUGGUUAUAGCAUGGGGGUUUGUGUGGGGUGAGUGGGUAUUUAAUGAUUCAUGUGUUGUAAUAGCGGCCAGGUGUCUGCACACUCCCUCAGACUGCAACUCUGCUUUGGUGCCUGGCUGGGGCCUAGUCAGAGCAGACCAGUUGACUGCAUGAAGGGAGAGUGGGGAGGUGAGUGUUCCAAGUGUGGGACACUUGGGUCGUGUAUUUCUACCAUGUACAGAGUGGUAUUUGUAUCAAUAUGAGGAGAAUUAGAUGAUAUUAUCAUAGGAAAAAAAUAUAAGUCCUUGAGAAGAUAAUGUAUUGUCACUAUGGUGCACUUUUGAUACCGUUUUGUAGGUGUUGGCAAGGUUUAUGUGAGGGUUUGCUCGAGACGGCCUGUUGUGAAACGGUCAUUUUCUGUUUUAAAGAAAAAUUGAAUAAAAGAUAAUAGAUAUAG